CUGAACUUACUUGCAUCUGCGCUGCUCUCACCCUAGUUGAUGAGCGUGUUGCUGUUGCUUGCGAAAAAAUCACCACCAUCCUGAAAGCCGCCCUUGUAGAAGUUGAACCCUACUGGCACGGGCUGUUCGCUAAGGCUUUGGCAGGUAUCUGUGUUGGUUCUGCUGCCUUAGCGGAGGAUGCAGCCCCUGCUGGCGGGGACCGUUCAUCAGCUAAGGCCAAGAAUGAGGAAGAAUCAGAGGAAUCCGACAAAGACAUGGGCUUCUCUCUCUUCGGCUAA